AUGAUAUACCCUCAAAGGACCUGCAGGAAAACCAUAUAUCUGUGGAAGAUUCCUGUUCGUCUGUCAUGUAGUCAAAGUAUCUUUAAAGAGUGUCUUCAGCAGUUCUGGAAAACCCGCAAUACUCAGGAGUGUCCUGUCUGCAGGAGAAGAUCCUCAAGAAAUGAACCUCCGUGUAAUCUGGUGUUAAAAAACUCAUGCGAGUCAUUGACAGUAGAAAGUGCUUCAGGGUCUGAGGAGGUCUGCAGUCUCCACAAUGAGAAACUCAAACUCUUCUGCUUGGAUGAUGAACAGCCUGUGUGUGUUGUGUGCAGAGAUUCAGAAAAACAUGUCAGUCACAGAUUCCGCCCCAUUAAUGAAGUUGUUCCAUCUUACAAGGAAGGUCUCAAAACAGCAAUGAAGACCUUACAAGAGAAACUUGAAUACACAAAAGAAAUUAAAGUAGAAUGUGAUAAAAAAGUUCAUCAGAUCAAGUCUCAGUCUCAGCUCAGUGAGCGGCAGAUUAGGGAAGAAUUUAAUAAGCUUAAUCAUUUUCUGCAAAUUGAAGAAAAAGCUACAAUCACUGCACUUAGAAAGGAGGAAGAGCAGAUGAGUCAGAUGAUGAAGGAGAAGCUUGAGCACAUGAACAGACAGAUCUUAACUCAGGCUGAGCACACAGAGCGGCAGAUUAAAGAGGAGUUUAAGAAGAUUCAUCAGUUUCUGCGAGAUGAAGAAGAAGCUUCAAUCACUGAACUGAGGAAAGAGGAAGAGCAGAAGAGUCAGAAGAUGAAGGAGAAGCUUGAGGAGCUCUUGUGA